AUGGCAUUAACAAAGGAUUCAUUUGAACAGACUAAGUGGCUUAUCACAGCUGCAUGGUGUCUGCUGAUUGCUUUUUCAGCACAAGAAGUUGAUGGGGGAGGAUAUGCAUAUAUUGAUCCAUGUGGGGGACAGGAUUGUUCAGUUUGUCGGUGCUUCCCAGAAAAAGGAUCAAGAGGUCAGCCUGGCGAGCUGGGAGCUCAAGGUCCAAUUGGGUCCUUGGGAUAUACAGGACCAGCUGGUCUGCCGGGGGAAAAAGGACAGAGAGGUGAGAAUGGGCAGCCUGGACCAGCUGGAGAAAGAGGCGAUAAGGGCCCAACCGGAGUCCCAGGAUUUCCUGGUUUAGAUGGUGUUCCUGGAUUACCAGGAAGUGAAGGACCCAGGGGCAAACGUGGUUUAGAUGGCUGCAAUGGCUCAAGAGGAGAUCCAGGAUUUCCAGGCGAAAACGGUUAUAUUGGACCAACAGGUCCUUAUGGAAAUCCAGGGCAAAAAGGAGAAAAAGGAAAUUCAGUGUAUGUUUCAUAUUUUGGAAAAGGACCUCCAGGAGACAGAGGUGAUCCUGGACCCCCUGGCAUGCCUGGACCUAGAGGGCCAAGAGGUACAACGGGCCCAUCUGGAUACCCAGGCCAACCAGGCUUGCCUGGUAUUCCAGGUUACCCUGGUUUGCCAGGUGAACAGGGAAAUCCAGGUAUUGGAGUGGAUGGACAAAAGGGGGAGCCGGGUGAUGUUGGACUUCCUGGGCCACCUGGGUCACCACUGCUAGUUGGACCUCCUGGAGCUCAGCUGUUCAAAGGAGACAAGGGCCAAAAAGGACUACCUGGGGUAACAGGAUAUAGAGGGCCACGUGGACCCAAAGGUAAUCCUGGUUCUUAUGGACGUGCAGGUUUUCCUGGAAUGAAGGGGGAAAUGGGAUUUGCUGGUUUUCCUGGACAACCUGGCUAUCCUGGAGUACAGGGGGAUCCAGGAGACAAAGGGCCCCCAGGUCCUCCUGGAGCUGUUGGAACUCCGCUGCUUCCUGUGAAAGGUGCACGAGGAGAUCCUGGAUUUCCAGGUCCUGCUGGUGAUACUGGGUCAGUUGGACCAAUUGGUCCUGCAGGCCUGCUAGGAAGACCAGGAGAGGAUGGAACAAGUCUGCCUGGGCUGCCAGGAGUAAGUGGGCCACCAGGACCUCAAGGUUUUCAAGGUGACCCUGGUUUUCCUGGAGCAGGUGAAUCAAUCCCAGGAAGACCUGGAUUUCCUGGACCACCAGGCCUACCAGGGCAGCCAGGAAGACAAGGCUUACCUGGACUACCCAGAAAUCAAGGCCUCUGCUCAUGUAGUGCUGGUCCUCCUGGUCCGCGUGGUAUUCAAGGACCUCCAGGUACUCAAGGAAAGAAAGGACAGAUGGGAUAUCCUGGAAGACAUGGAGAAAAGGGCGAUCCAGGCUUAUCUGGUGCAGUGGGCUCACCAGGCCUCCCUGGGACACCUGGUUCUCCUGGACCACAUGGUGAAAAAGGAGAGAAGGGUGAUACGGGAAGAAUUAGAAUAAAAGGAGUAAAAGGUGAAAGAGGUCCUACUGGAGUUCCAGGAUUUCCAGGCCAAAGAGGUAAUGAUGGCAGAGAUGGGGAACUAGGAUUGCCUGGGGAAAAAGGAGCUGAGGGUGAUGCUGGAGUAUCACUGCCAGGUGAUAAAGGGUUUCCUGGGGUCCCAGGACUUCCUGGGAUAAAAGGGCAGAUGGGAUUACCUGGUCUGGGGCUUCCUGGCCCUCCAGGACUCAGAGGUAGCCCUGGAGACUUUGGUGAUGCUGGCAGUGUUGGACCACCUGGCACAAAAGGCCAGAAAGGUGAGACUGUCUUCAUUACAGUACCAUACCCUGGAAACCCAGGUCCUCCGGGUUUUAAAGGUGCUCAAGGACCAAAGGGUUUGAAAGGACUCCCCGGUCGUCCCGGACCAAACGGCUUUGAUGGACAAAAAGGCUAUAGAGGCAGGCCAGGAGCAGGAAUUCCUGGGCCAGAAGGCUUUCGGGGCAAAGUUGGUGAUCCUGGUGAUGAAGGUGAAAGAGGAUCUACAGUUGAUGGCAAACAUGGCCCUCCAGGUCCACCUGGCAUGGAUGGUCUGAAAGGUGUUCCGGGUGAUACUACAUAUGGUCCUCCGGGAAUCUCAGGCAACAGGGGACUACCAGGACCCCCUGGGGCACAAGGAGCAAGGGGUGAUCCAGGGAUUCCUGGACUUCGAGGACAGCCUGGUACCCCAGGAUUUCCAGGUGUCAAAGGUUUUAGAGGCCCAGAAGGUGAUACAGGAGCACCAGGCUGUCCAGGCUUCCCUGGCCCACCAUGUGACACAGGCUUACCAGGGCCACCAGGACUCAGAGGUGUCACAGGCUUGCCAGGACCUCAAGGCUUACCAGGCUUUAAAGGUCAGAGGGGAGACAGGGGCUUAGCUGGGCCACCUGGCAUCAAAGGUAUCAAAGGAUCUCCUGGCUCACAAGGCCCCCCAGGUCCUCCAGGCUCCCGAGGACUUCCAGGGCUUCCAGGCAGUAAAGGACCACCUGGUUUUCCAGGACAAACAGGAGGCAAAGGGAUUCAAGGACCCCAGGGAUUGCCAGGAUUUCCAGGAACACAAGGCCCAAUGGGAAUCUCUGGUGUAAAAGGUGAAGAAGGAAAAAUGGGUCCACCUGGACCUAGUGGAGAAUGUGGGGAUAUGGGAAUAAAAGGUGAAAAAGGGCCUCCAGGAGACAGUGGCUGCAUUAGCAUCCGUCUUGAGAAAGGACAAAAGGGGGAUCCAGGGUUUCCUGGUGAGAAUGGAAUUAGAGGUGAAAAAGGUGAAAAAGGCAAUACUGGUUUCAGAGGCACCCCAGGAUUUCCAGGAAAGAGGGGUGUCCCAGGACUGGAAGGUGACCAUGGUGACACUGGACUGAUGGGGUUUCCAGGACCACAGGGUUUCCCAGGACCUAAGGGCUUUAGAGGAAUUACAGGUUUUCAAGGACAACCAGGUGACCAGGGGGACAUUGGCUCACCAGGAAACCCUGGAAAUCCAGGACUGACUGGCCCAAAAGGAUCUAAAGGCAAGAGAGGUGACUCAACUCCUCUGCUUGGAAGGCAUGGUCGAAAAGGGCCUCCCGGAGAUCCAGGAUCACCAGGACUUUGUGGAUUUCCAGGAGAGAAGGGUUCACCAGGUAUCCAAGGGCAACCUGGAAGACCAGGAUCCAAGGGUGACCCUGGAUACCCAGGAAUACCUGGACUUCCAGGAGCUACAGGUCCUCAUGGAUUGCCAGGAGAACCUGGAGAAAAAGGGAAACAUGGAAUUUUGGGACCUCCAGGAUUGCAAGGAUUAGCUGGAUCCCAAGGCAGAAAAGGUCUUCCUGGACUGCCUGGACUGGAUGGCUUGGAUGGACUAAAAGGUCAAAAAGGUUCUGCAGGAGCUCCAGGUCAAAGUGAAACAGGGCCCCCAGGAUACCCAGGAGAACUUGGACCAAAAGGAGACAGAGGUGAACCUGGAUGGCCUGGUAUUUGUAUUCCAGGCCCCCCUGGAGAAAGGGGGUUCCCAGGAUUCCCAGGUCGAAGAGGACCUGUUGGACCCAUUGGACCCAUGGGAAUAUCUCCUGAUAGUGCUUAUCCUGGUCCUCCAGGUGAUCAAGGACCACCUGGUUUAGAUGGCAUCAGAGGUCACCCUGGGAAUCCUGGUCCUCCUGGAGAGACUAUCUUUGUACGAGGAGAUCCAGGUGAUCCCGGUAUUCAAGGGGCACCAGGCAACCCUGGGCAGCGAGGGCAACAAGGAGCCAGAGGACCUCCAGGGAACCAAGGAAGAAGGGGCCCAAAGGGUCCUAUGGGAAUCCAUGGCCCACAGGGUCCACCUGGUGUUAUAGGACAACCAGGAGACCAAGGUUUUCGAGGAAAACCUGGUCCCAGAGGUCCCACAGGUGACCCUGGUGAACCAGGAAAAAUAGACGAUUCCUGCCCUGUAAUCCCAGGGCCUCCUGGGGAAGCAGGGCAAAGAGGACAUGAUGGCUCUGUAGGAUUACCAGGGCCUAUAGGCCACCCUGGACCUCCAGGAAGAAAAGGUGAAGAAGGGUCAUAUGGCCUGCCAGGUCAAGAUGGCUUACCUGGGGCACCUGGACCACCAGGUGACCAGGGGAAUAUGGGAGAGCAAGGAUUCACUGGGCCACAAGGUCCACCUGGCCAGACUGGCAUUCCAGGACCACCAGGUCCCUAUAUUAGAUCUGCAAGUGGAUUCUUGCUUGUCCUUCACAGUCAGUCAGACAGAGAACCACUCUGUCCACAGGGAAUGCCCAAAUUAUGGACUGGCUACAGUCUGCUGUACCUGGAAGGACAAGAGAAAGCUCAUAAUCAAGAUCUUGGUCUGGCAGGAUCCUGUCUUCCUAUGUUUAAUACCAUGCCCUUUGCUUACUGUAACAUCAACCAAGUUUGUUAUUACGCCAGUCGGAAUGACAAGUCUUACUGGUUGUCCAGUGCUGCUCCUCUGCCAAUGGUGCCACUCUCUGAAGAGGAAAUCCAGCCCUACAUCAGCAGAUGUGCUGUGUGUGAGGCCCCAGCCCAAGCUGUGGCAGUUCAUAGCCAGGAUCAGUCAAUUCCUCCCUGCCCAGCCAACUGGAGAAGCCUUUGGAUAGGAUAUUCCUUUUUGAUGCACACUGGAUCUGGUGAUCAGGGUGGUGGGCAGUCCCUUAUGUCACCUGGAAGCUGCCUGGAAGACUUCAGAUCAGCACCAUUCAUUGAGUGCCAGGGGCAGCGGGGAACAUGUCAGUUUUUUGCUAAUGAAUACAGCUUCUGGCUCACAACAGUGAUGCCUGAACUGCAAUUUGCAUCAGCCCCCCUCUCUGGAACUCUUAAAGAGGGACAAGAACAAAGGAAAAAAAUCAGUAGAUGCCAGGUAUGUCUGAGGCAUGGCUAA